AUGGCGGAACGAAAGAGACUCGUCGUUGUCGGCCUGGGCAUGGUCGGCAUCGCCUUCAUCGAGAAGAUGCUAAAGCUGGACGCCCGCGCAAACGAGUACAGCAUCACGGUGCUCGGCGAGGAGCCGCACCUGGCGUAUAAUCGCGUUGGUCUGACAAGCUUCUUUGAUCACCGCAAAGUCGAGAAUCUCUACCUCAACCCUGAAGAAUGGUAUCACAGCACGCCUCAAGGCUCUUUGGGAUACCAUGUCAACACCAAAGUCACUGAAAUCGACUCCCAAGCCAAGAAGGUGACUUGCUCAAAUGGGGAGAUUGUAGCGUACGACAUUCUAGUUAUUGCCACCGGCUCAGAUGCUGUUCUUCCUAAACACACACCCGGGCACGACGCAACAGGUGUCUUUGUGUACCGGACGAUUGACGACCUCAUCAACCUGAUCGCGUUUGCUGCCCAGAGAAAAGGCACCGUGGGAGCGGUUGUCGGCGGUGGUCUGCUCGGCCUGGAGGCCGCCAAGGCGAUGAUGGACCUGGACUGCUUCGACAAGGUGAAGCUCAUUGAGAGGAAUCGAUGGGUAUUGAGCCGGCAACUGGACAAUGAUGCGGGUUCCAUGGUUGUGGACCAGGUCAGAGACCUCGGCCUCGAUGUGCUCCUUAGCAAGCGCGUAGGCAAGAUUGAGGUGACGAAUGACAACCACGUCCAGGGAGUCGUAUUCGAGGAUGGUGAGCGAAUGGAUUGCUCCACAAUAUGCUUCGCCAUUGGUGUCCGGCCGCGAGACGAGCUGGCGCGGAGAGCCGGCAUCAAGUGCGCUGACCGUGGCGGCGGCAUCGUCGUUGGGGACGAUUUGAGCACCAGCGCCCCAGACAUCUAUGCCAUCGGCGAGUGUGCGAGCUGGAAGAGCCAAACAUUCGGCUUGAUUGCUCCCGGGGUCGAGAUGGCCGACGUCCUUUCAUUCAACCUCACACAAGCCAAGCUGCACCAACCCCGGUUAUUCAAGAGACCCGACCUCAGCACGAAGCUGAAACUUUUGGGCGUCGACGUGGCCAGCUUUGGUGAUUUUUUCGCCGAUCGAGAUGGCCCGCAAUAUCUGCCUCCCAAGGUGGCGAGGAAAGCGAAAAAGGGUGAUGGGCAAAGCACCAUUGAAACCUUGACAAACGGUCUGCCGCCAGCCCCCGUCAAGGCUCUCACAUACCGUGAUCCGUUCCAGAAUGUGUACAAGAAGUACAUCUUUACCGAGGACGGCAAAUACCUGCUGGGUGGGAUGAUGAUUGGCGACACGAAAGACUACAUCAAGCUGGUACCGAUGGUGAAGAACUUGAAGGAGCUGGACAUGCCGCCCAGUCAGCUCAUCCUCGGUGCCAAGAAGGAGGGCGAAGACGACGGCGACGACUUGACGGACGACACGCAGAUCUGCUCCUGCCACAACGUGACCAAGGGCGAUGUGGUUAACAAUGUCAAGGAAGGGACAUGCAAGACGCUCGGCGAGGUCAAGGCGUGUACCAAAGCCGGCACCGGCUGCGGCGGCUGCAUGCCCCUGGUGACGACAAUCUUCAACAAGACCAUGCUGUCCAUGGGCAACGAGGUCAAGAACCACUUGUGCGCCCACUUCAACUACUCGCGCGCCGACCUGUACAACAUCAUCCUCGUCAAGAAGCUGCAGACAUUCGAGGACGUCAUGCGCGAGGCCGGCAACGACCGGAACUCGCUCGGCUGCGAGGCGUGCAAGCCUACUAUGGGUAGCAUCUUCGCCUCCCUCUGGAACCGUCACGUCAUGGACAAGCCCAUGCACGGUCUCCAGGAGACCAACGACCGUUUCCUCGGCAACAUCCAGCGCAACGGGACGUACAGCGUCGUCCCGCGCGUGUCUGCCGGGGAGAUCACCCCCGACAAGCUCAUCGCCAUUGGUAACGUGGCCUCCAAGUACAAGUUGUACACAAAGAUCACUGGCGGUCAGCGGAUCGACAUGUUUGGGGCUAAGAAGCAGGAUCUCUUGGACAUUUGGCGGAUGCUGGUUGAGGCCGGCAUGGAGUCCGGGCACGCAUACGCCAAGUCGCUGCGCACAGUCAAGAGCUGCGUGGGCACGACGUGGUGUCGGUACGGCGUCGGCGACAGCGUCGGCAUGGCGGUGCGGUUGGAGGAGCGGUAUAAGAGCAUUCGCGCGCCGCACAAGAUCAAGGGCGGCGUCAGCGGGUGUGUCCGCGAGUGUGCCGAAGCGCAGAACAAGGACUUCGGCCUCAUUGCCACGGAUAAGGGCUUCAACAUCUUCGUGGCCGGCAAUGGUGGCGCCAAGCCAAAGCACUCUGAGCUGCUGGCAAAGGAUGUCCCGCCCACCGAGGUCAUCCCCAUCAUCGACAGAUACCUCAUGUUCUAUAUCCGCACCGCCGACAGACUGCAGCGGACGGCGCGGUGGCUCGAGAACCUCCCGGGCGGCAUCAAAUAUCUGCAAGAGGUCGUCCUCGAAGACAAGCUGGGCAUCUGCGCCUCGCUCGAGGCGCAGAUGCAGGAGCUCGUCGACAGCUUCUUUGACGAGUGGGCCGAGGCGAUCCGGGACCCCGCCAUCGCCGCCAAGUUUAAGCAGUUUGACAACACGCAAGAGACUGUCGAAAACAUGGAGGUCGAGCUUGACCGCGGCCAGCCCCGCCCCGUGUACUGGGCGCCCGAGUCCGUUAAAGAGGACUUCAAGGGGCUCAAGAACAGGUGGAGCAGCACGACCUGGCAGCCCAUGCUACCGGCGAGUCACUUUUUCGGGGCGGACGAUACACCCAACGGCAUCUCGGCGACGGUGAAGCGCGGGGACACGCAGCUUGCGGUUUGGCGGGUUCGCGGGCGGUAUUAUGCCACGCAGCAAAUGUGUCCGCACAAGAGGCAGUUUGUGCUGUCUGACGGGCUCAUUGGCGAGGAGCCUGGCGCCGCGGGAGCGGACACGUGCGAAGACGCGAAGAAGCCUGAUUCCGGCUGCAAUGGCGGCCCCAACACCACCACCACCACCACCACCACCAACGAUGACGAAAGCAAGCGGUCUUCGCGACCGGCUCCGUGGGUAUCCUGCCCGUACCACAAGCGCAACUUUGACCUGGCCGACGGCAGUUGCAAAAACGACGACGAGGUCAGCAUUGCGACGUUUGCUGUGGAGGAGCGGGCGGGAGACGGUAUGGUGUACCUGAAGCUCCCUCCCGUCGAGGAGCUGGACGCGGCCCUGGGGACGGCGCGGUGGAUGGUCCGGAAGGGAGAGGCCGGGGCGCCGCCUUUCGAGGCGCUGGACAAGAAGAUUCGGUUUCGGGGCCAUCGGGCCAAGAGGCCGGGGGUCAAGCCGAUGGGGGCUUUGGGGAUGGAGAAGGCGGCGGCGAUGCAGCGGCAGAUGGUUGUCGGCGGCGGGGGUGGGUGCGGGAGUGCGCCGGAUUGGUGA